GUCUUUCACUUUUCUGGGCAGGGAUUUCAGACUGUCAUGGCAGCGGCGUCUGUUGUUGCUCCUGCGAGGAGUAGUCGUUAUACGAUGUCUGAGAGAAAUCUCGGACUCAUGAUGGAAAUCAUUCGGAAGGAUCCUGAAUCUUAUAAAGAGGAAUUUCUGGAACAAUUUGACCACUACACUCACACCAUGAAACUUCUCCAAUUACAACCUCAGCAACACAGAAUGGAGCUCCAACCACUGCUGGAAUCUAUAACCUUCCUAUCCGGCCUUGCUAAGCACUAUCCAGAACAGGCAAAGGAAUUUUGUUUGCACAUGAUCACUGUUCUUCGAGAACAAGGCAGUGGUCUAGACCCUCAUGUGAGAAUGUCAUUCUGUAAAGCACUGGUACUGCUGAGAAAUCAAAAUCUGGUUGAUCCUUUGGAAUUUCUAGAAAUUUUCUUUGAGGUAGUCAAGAUUGAAGAUAAGCAAUUGAGAAAAUUUGUCCUCGCAUCCAUCUCGUCACUUUUGAGAAGAUUUUAUACCCAAAAGAAGAAUAUGAAACUACUCGGGAAAGUGCAAAACUUCUGCUUUGCGAAGAUGAAGGAUUCUCGUGCGAUUGUUGCUCGAGCUGCACAGUUGAUUUGCAUCGAUGCAUUCCGUAAAAAGUAUUGGCGUGACGCUAAGUGUGCUAAUGUGAUUGCUGAAACUUGCUUCCAUAAACUUCCGAAAAUUCAGGUCACAGCCAUGAAGUUUUUCUUGGGUUCCAAAAAAGAUGAAGAGGGUGAGAGUGAUAUGAGUGAUGAUGACAGCGAGAGUGAAGAUGAGAGAAAAACCAUCAAAGAAGUUAUGACUGCCUUCCGCCAUGCAAAGAAAACGAGGAAGCGAGCGAAAGAUCUUGAAAGAUCUAAAAAAGCUAUAAACAAGAAGAAAAAAGCGAAAAAAGAGGGCAGAAGCAAGGAGUGUAACUUGCUUGCGAUACAGUCGCUGUACGAUCCUCAAGAGUUUGUAGAUAGAUUAUUUCGCAUGUUGGAAAGUAAGAAAAUCGACAAAUACGAAGUGCGCCUCUUCCGCAUCGCCCUCUGUGCUCGAGUCAUAGGAGUCCAUCGCCUGCAUUUACUUAGUUUCUACUCAUACCUGCACCGCUACCUGCAGCCGAAGCAGAGAGACGUGACGCGAAUCCUUUUGUAUGCAGCUCAGGCCUCUCAUGAACUGGUCCCUCCCGAUACAGUUGAGCAACUUGUUCGGGUUAUUGCUAACAAUUUUGUUUCGGAUAGGAACUCUCCGGAAGCUAUGACGGUAGGAAUCAAUGCCAUCAGAGAAAUUUUCGCGAAUUGUCCGUUUGCCGCUACGGAAGAACUCCUUAGAGAUCUUGCUGAGUACAAAACGUACAAGAAUAAGAAUGUUUCAAUGGCAGCUCGAGCCCUUAUCACCUUAUUUCGUGCUGUGAAUCCCCGAUUACUGGCGAGAAAAGACCGCGGUAGACCCUCUGACAACGGAGAGGAAAAAGAAUUCGUUGCUUUUGCGAAACCUGCAGUUGCCGAAUUUGUCACCGAUGCGGAUAUUUUGGAGGAACACCGAGAAGAUACGGGCGAAAUGGAAGUUGAUGCUUGUAGUAGUGAUAGUAACUUAGAUGUCACAGACGUCGACACCGACGAUGUUGAUUCUGACGACGAGGCGCCAGCACACAAACGUGCUCGUAAUGAUGGAGAAAUGGAAACAGAUGAUGAAGAUGAUGAGGAUGAUAGUGAAGGAUGGGUGACGGACAAUGGAGAAGAAGAAGAAGAAGUGGAAGAGGAGGUGCACGGGAAAGAGGUGUCUUCUUCAACAGGUCCAGCGGAGGAGAUCGAUCCAAAGAAAAAGGCUGAAAUAAUAAGUACUGAACGAAUUUUGACCCAGGAGGAGUUCAAACAAAUCCGACUUUAUCAGCUCAAGAAAAAACUCAUUGGUGAGAAGCGUUUGAAAAAACAACUAGGCGCAAAUAAAAAGAGUGAUGAUGUUAAACUCAUCGAGGAGUUGGGUGAGCGCAUGGAGAGACGCGAUGGAGGCGAUGGUCUGCCUCGCCUAAGUGACAUAGAACAGUUCCACAAGAAACGAAAGCAAACGAAGGAGGAGCGAUUAGCAGACAUAAAAGAAGGACGUUCUGACGAACAGAAAUUUGGACGUCCUAAAAAGACCGGUGCACACGUGGGUAGAACAAAUCGGGAACUAGCUAAAAAGAAAGUAUUCAGCAUGGUCAAAGCCAAGGUAAGAGGAAAGAAUCGUCAACGUUCGUUCCGUGAUCAACAAAAAAGUUUGAGAAAUUACCUGCUAAGACAAAGCGGUCGUAAACCCCAAUAAUCCGACUAUCAUGACUCAGUUUUGUUUCGUUGUUGAUUUUGUUGUUGUCUUUUGAGUUUGCCAAUACUGUUGAUAGUUUAUUGUUUGGAAGAUAUAUAUGCUGCAACAAAUCAGCUCUGUGUAAACUCACAAACCAUUAUCAUAAAAUUGUGACGCCGAUUACCCAGCGAUC